CAAAAGGAAAAAGUUGGAAAAAGCAACGACCUUCCAAUGAUAAGUGUUUUCUUCUUUAGUGGUUCUUGGUUCUUUACAGUUUCCAUUUCUUUCGCUUCUUGAUAAAGAUUUCAUUGGCUCUCCUCUUUGGUGCAAGUUGCAAAUAAUCUCUUGAAAAUCUUACGAUUCUUGCGUCAUACUUUAUCCUAAUAAUUAUUGAUUGCAAUCGCAUUCUUUUUGGUUACUUUGGUGGGACUGGCAGGGCAGCAUAUUAUUGUAGAGCUUGUCUUGAGCAAACCUCGCCUACUUUCAAAGGCCCCAUUCAGACGCAGGAAGUCUGUAAUUUAUUUCUGAAUAACAGUAAUUUGUCGUGAAUAGACGUAAAUAACGUGAAAAUGGGCGAUAAGUUGGAGGCUAAAAGCGAGUUACCAGCUACAUAUAAGGCAAUACCAGAGAAAGACAUGGAAGAAGAAGCAGUUUCUCGACCGAAAUCACUGCAGAAGUUGAGGUCAAGUGGUGAGGCUGAUGGGGCUGAUGAAAAGAUGUUGCCUGAAGAAGAAAAAAAGGUGUCUCCAAAUUCUGAGAUUGAUAUCAAAGAUGUAAAGAUUACUCUGAGUGAAAAAAAUGGAGAUGCAAAACUUCAUAUUGGUAUGUUAUCUACUGCAAUACCUAAUCAAUAAUUAUUUUCAUGAAAUUAAUUUUCCAUGAUCUUUCAUGUUCUUUGUGGUACAGUAUUAAAGUCAUGAUGUUACUCUUCCUACUUCCCUAUAUAUACAGUUUUAUCCCUAUUAAAUAUUUCACACUGCUCCAUGAAAUAAACCUUGGCAUGCUAGGUGAACCCACUAUAUCCUUUGGUGGUAUGAAUAAGGAGGAGCUGAUGAAAUAUGCCAAUGAUCCAUUCUGGGUGAGGCUACGCUGGUUCCUCUUCAUUGGAUUUUGGAUACUCUGGGCUGCUAUGCUGGUGGGGGCCAUACUGAUUAUAUAUGCUGCUCCAAAGUGUGAUCCACCACCACCAAGGACAUGGUGGCAAGAAGGUCCACUUACAGAGCUUAGUCCUGAUACUCAACCAGAAGCAUUACAGUUAUUAGACAAAAAUAUCAAGGGUUUGAUUGUGACUUGGCCGGACGACGCCUAUCAGUUGUUCGACGAGUCCCACGACACCGUCAAACUCAUCAAGCAAGCGAAGGAUGCCGGCACCAAAACGAUCUUGGACUUGGACCCUUCCACGUCUAACGUGUGGUUCGACGCCAGCGAGAAUAACAACUCCAUUUAUCGCGACUACUAUAUCUGGAAGUUGCCGAAGAGUUCUGCGAACGGAGAUCAGCCGCAACCACCGAAUAACUGGGUUAGCCUCAACAACAAACCAUCCUGGACGUACUCCCCAACGCGCAAGCAGUUCUACUAUGCCCCGCUAGAUCGGCCCCUUCUGAAUUUCCACAACCCGAACGUGACCAGAGAGUUCUCGCUCGUCAUCGAAAAGUUCAUCGAUCUGGGCGUUUCGGGCGUACGCCUCAGGAACGCCCACGUCCUGCUGGUCGAUCCCAAGUUCGAGGACGAAACGGACUUCUCCAAUACUGCAGGGCUGAUCCACACCCAGCACGGCUUCUACUUGCACUCCAAAACCGAGAACGCCCCCGACCUGGGGCGACUCCUCUCCGGCUGGCGAUCCAUCGUCGCCAACAAAACCGCCGACGGUUUGCUGAUGGUGGCCGAAGAACUGGGCAAGGUGCAGUCCUACAAGGUGGACGACAGACUGGCGGUCGACUUGCCGCUGAAGGCGCGCAUGUUCGAUCGGAUGAAUGUCAGCGAGAUCGUCAACAAUCUGAAUCACACUUUCAAUGUGGACAAUAUUGAAUGGCCCUUGUGGAAGGUGAAUUCCUCAUCUGAUGUGCUCGACAUAGUAACAUAUUUGCUUCCCGGAGCGAGUCUGGUGCAUCAGAAUGCCACGCUCGACGCUCAGCUCCUCAAGAUCCGGGAAUCUCCUUCUAUAAUGAGAGGCAUCUGCAGUCUACACAGUCUCAACAACAACACCGUGUUCGCCUUUAUCAGACUGACACCUGGUAAUCCUGGUAUUCUGGUGGCUCUCAAUACAGGCGAAUCAAAGGCAACUGUCAACGUCCGUCAAGUGCCGGCACUCUCGGAAAUCGAGGAAGUUUCUAUACAGCAUUAUAGCAAGAACUUCAAUGAGACGGAGUAUAUGGCGUUGAAUGCGAAGAAGGAUGCCACUACUGUGCCGAUAUCUCCCAAAUCGGCUAUUGUACUUUCUUAUGUGCCCAAAAAGAAAGAUGAAUAAUUCAAGAAUGAUUGUAUUAGGAACAUUUCAUGGCAUCCGCAUCUCUGUAGUAUUAUAGCAUUCACAAAAUGUAUGUGAAGUCAAUAAAGUCAUCAUCAAUUAUUUAUUUGAUCUUAUG